AUGCCGCGGCCGCAGUAUGAGAUGCAGAUUGCCGAGGAUGAGCCCACCGAAGACUACGAGGGGACGGGCAUGGACGAGAGCAGGGGACCGCUAGAAGAGAGCGGGUGCACGCGGUCCGACGACAGCGAAGAAGAAGAAGUGGAAGAUGCAGUGGCAGAGGACAUCGCACGCUUCGAAGAGAGCUUUCGAAACAUCAACAAGAGAUAUCGUCUUAUAAACCGCAUCGGCGAGGGCACCUUCUCAACCGUCUACAAAGCCGAAGACCUCCUCUACGACCACUACCACAACGACUGGGACAUCGACGCCCGCCUCGCCACCAGAUGGUCCUCUCCCUCCGGACACCCCCACCGACGCCGACAAGCCCGCUACGUAGCGAUCAAAAAAAUCUACGUCACCUCCUCCCCCUUACGCAUCCUCAAUGAGCUGGAACUCCUGCACGACCUCCGGGCCUCCGACUCCGUCUGCCCACUCAUCACCGCCUUCCGCCACGCCGACCAAGUCGUAGCAAUCCUCCCUUACUUCCAGCACCGCGACUUCCGCGACUACUUCCGCGACAUGACGGUCGGGGACAUGAGGCUGUACUUCCGGUCGCUCUUCACUGCUCUGCGUGCGGUGCACGCUAACGGGAUUCUGCACCGCGACAUCAAGCCCACCAACUUCCUGUACUCGCCCCAGCAUUCCCGUGGCGUGCUGGUCGACUUCGGUCUCGCGGAAAGAGAGGGCACGGACUGGCACUUCUGCGACUGCAACCUGCCGCCCGGAGACCGGAGGGUUAAGAUCGAGAACUCGGUCUAUGCGUACAACCUCGUGAACAACGCCAACCAGCCGCCUAGCUUUCCGAACCCGAAAACGGAUCAGCGGCCGUCGAGGCGGGCGAACAGGGCUGGGACGAGGGGAUUUCGCGCCCCGGAGGUCCUGCUGAAAUGCACGAGCCAGACGGUGGCGAUCGAUAUGUGGUCCGCGGGCGUGAUAUUACUGACGCUGCUGAGUCGCCGGUUUCCGUUCUUCCACUCCGCGGACGACAUCGAUGCGCUGCUUGAGCUGACUGCCAUCUUUGGCAAGCGGAGGAUGAGAGAGACGGCGUUACUUCAUGGCCAGGCGUUCGAGACCAACAUCCCCAGUUAUAGCGAGAAUGGACACGGGUUUGAGAAGAUCGUGGUGUGGUGCACGAACCGCAAGAGGGAGGCACUAGAGGAAGAUGAGAGGGAGGCGUGUGCAUUUCUGGAGAGGCUGCUCGAGUGUGAUGCUAGUAGGAGGAUUACCGCGGAGGAGGCGCUCGCGCAUCCGUUUAUUGCUUCGGCGGGGGUGGGGAGUGGAGGGGAUGAGGAGGUGGAUAUGGUGGAUUUAAGGGUGGAGUAG